AAGAAUUCUUGGAUCGUGAUAAUGAUCUUUUUGUACAAAGAUAUGUUCCUCAUGAUAAAUUACAUGAAUAUGUUAAGUAUGGUGAUGUUCCAAUUCAUGAAACUUUAAAGGAAGAUAAGUCUAAAGCAUGGAUUAAACAAUCUCUUUUUAACCAAAUUGAUUAUCAAACACAACUUAAUUGUGUGAGAGAGGAAGCAAUGGUUAUUGCAUUAGAGAGAUACCUUAUUCCAAUGAGCUCUAAAAAUCAAGAUACCUCUUAUCGUUCGGCACUUGUUAAAAUUUGUACUUCAUUAACUAAAGGAUGGUUUCGCCAAUUUGCAAUUGAUAAUUAUCCCCGGCUUUCAAAUCUUGAUAAAGAUUUGAUGUUGAUCGCUCACAAUGUAAUCAAUGAUCAUCCCUUACCACAAAAAAAACGAGAAGAACCAUCAGCAUUUCUUUGUAACUGGAUACCUGAUCUAGAGACUUUAUCUAUUUUUGAGCCAAUUCAUCUUCAUACUGAAAUAAUCUCAUCUUUUGAUGAUAUUAAUUAU